AUGACGUCGUUGGUAUCUCUCCUUUCCAUCGCCGCUUCGAUCGUAGUCGCGGACGACUGCUCCAACAUCACGUUCUCCGAAGCAGUUGAGUCGAAGUCGCUGGACGUUCACUUCCCUGUGGACUCGAAGAUUAUCGACACUUCGGCUGCUCAUUGCGUGGUAACCCUUGUCAAGAACCAUACCUACGCAAGCUCGAUCGACAAGCCUUACAAGGGGGAGUUUUCCCCUCCUUUCUGCUACGACGACCCCGACUAUUCCCUGGUGUACCUCCGGUACAAGGCCAACGUGGACCCUGGUCAGCAAUUUGACCGCAUCGCCGGCGUCUGGAUCGGCAACCACGCCGUCCUCCGCACGACCGCGCAAGAACCCAACAAGGAGCUUGGCCCCCACUGGGAAAUCUUUCGAGAAAUUUCGCAAUACCGAGCGCUGUUUGGGAAAAACGGCACCGUCACGGCGUCCCUUGAUAACGUGGUCAACGACGAGUACACGAGCAGCUUUUAUGUGACGAUCACGGCCGAGUUCUACAAGAAGGACCCGUCUCAGUACGUCGUCCAGCGCGUGCCGUACGCGCCCGACCAGAUCGUUCCGAUCUUCAAAUCCAACGGCAAUCACCCCUGGUUCAACGUCCAGCCCAACACUCUCGGCAAGAACUACAACCUCGUGACCUUCCCCAAGAACCUCGAUGGGUUAUACCUGGAGCUGUUUACGUCCCACCAUGGAUGCGACGAGUUCCAGUAUAGCAACCCUCCCGACGAGCUCAAGGGCCGUGUCCGUGCAAACUGCGGCGGUGGUUCCUUCCGUGAAGUGCAGAUCCUCCUCGACGACGAGAUUGUCGGUGCGGUGUGGCCGCUGCCGCUCAUUUACACGGGCGGCUUACUUCCUGCGCUGUGGCAUCCAAUCGUGUCCAUAGGUGCCUUCGAAGCCCCCACGUACAUCAUCGAUCUGACGCCGUACGUGGCCAAGGUGCUGGACGGCAAGCCGCACAACGUGAGCUUCGCCGUCGACCAUGGCUUGGACCACUGGCCCACCAACGCCAACUUGCUCGUGUACCAGGACCACAACGUCGAAGAGACGGCUGCCACGCUGGACCGUAAAGUAUUUGACCGCAAUGUCGCGCCCAAUGUCGUUAUCAGCGGCAGUGGCUUUUACUAUACCGUCCGCACGAACGUCACCCGUCAAGUGAACGUCGAGUCGACCAUCACUAACUCGCAAGGCAUCCGCAAGUACAACAUCAAGAAAAAGUUCAACUUCGUCAACCGCCAAGAGUACUCGGCCAACGGCCAGUCGUUCAGGUUGCGCAGCACAACUCAGACCAAGACCACAAUCGAUUUCAAAGACGGCACGAAAACCACCAAGUACACGGAAGACUACCCGCUCUACGGCGCGAGCUGGCAGAGACGCAACAAGGCCAAGGCCAAUGCGCGUGUCGAACACGACCUCCGCCAGAAGCUUCGUAUCGACGGCAACAAGGACCACUUCCGAGUCGGAGUCGAAGGGUACGAGCUCACGAUCACCCAAAAGGCCAAGGCCCAGUCCAACUCGCGCACCGGAAUCACCUCCUCCAACGAAGUGGUCCUCGCCGCGUCCAACUCCACCGGAUGCUACUCGCGCGACGUCAGCGCUGUCACUGGUAAGUACACCAAGUACGUUGAAGCCAAAAAGUGCCCCAAUGUCAACCAGUACGUUGAUGAUUACAACGACGACGACGAUGAUCAUGGCCAGGACCUUCCUUAUACUCCGGAGUAAUAAACUUCAAUGACGUUGUGUUUCCGCAA